AUGUCUGUAAAGCUAGUUGCUGUCGGAGAUGGAGCUGUUGGGAAAACGUCGAUGUUGAUAUGUUACACAAAGAAUGAGUUUCCCGAGGCUUAUGUACCAACAGUAUUUGAUAAUUACACAACAAAUGUUUCAUAUGGGAAAGAGGUAGUCCAACUCCAAAUAUGGGAUACAGCUGGACAAGAAGAAUAUGAGAGUUUUCGACCACUCUCUUAUCCGUCGACGGACAUCUUUCUCUUGUGUUUCAAUGUCAUUCAGCCUUCGUCGCUCACAAACAUCAUCGAGAAGUGGUAUCCUGAAGUGAAACAGUAUUGUCCAACAAGUAAGACUAUAGUCGUUGGGUUGAAAAUUGAUUUACGUGACAGUGUACGAGAAAUACAUAAAUUAGAGGAGCGUGGACAAAAGCCGGUGACGUUAGAAGAAGUUUCAAAUGUGAUACGCGACAGUGGGAUUCAAGUUGAUCGAACUAUGGAGUGCUCUGCAAAAACACAAAAAGGCCUGAAAGAGGUUUUUUACACUGCAGUUGAGCUUUGUAUGGUGGACAAAAAACAGAACCAAGUCCAUCAAAGCGACAAGACGGGAUCCGUCGAGAACGGAGAUAAAAAGCAAAAGUGCUGUUGUGUGUUACUGUGA